AUGUGUGGGCGCGAUGCAAAGGAGAGAUCGGCCAAGAGGUUCUCGGUGGACGGCGUCUUCAAUUACACCUCUCUGCUGCUGAGCCAGGAGGACGACCUGCUGUACGUCGGGGCGCGGGAGGCGCUGUUCGCCCUCAGCCUGUCCGACAUCGGCAAGGCCAAGCUGCAGAAGACCCUGACGUGGGGCACUCCGGGUGGAAAAAGAGAGGAGUGCAGCUUUAAAGGAAAGAACCUGGAGACUGAUUGCUUCAAUUAUAUCAAGAUUCUCCUGCGGCUGAACAGCACUCAUCUCUAUGUGUGUGGCACCUAUGCCUUCAGUCCCGUCUGCGCCUACAUAAACACGUCAACGUUCACGCUGGAGAGAGACGAGGUGGGCGAGGUGGUGAUGGAAGAUGGGCGAAGCCGCUGCCCUUUUAAUCCAGAGUACAAAUCCACCGCCAUCAUUGUUGAUGGUGAGCUGUAUACUGGUACUGUCAGUAACUUCCAAGGUAAUGAGCCGGUCAUUUCCAAAAGCUUGGGACAAGGAACCGCACUGAAGACAGAAAACUCCCUAAAAUGGCUGCAAGAUCCAGUCUUUGUCGGGUCGGCUUACAUCGAGGAGAGUCAGCCAGUGGGCAACCCUGUGGGGGACGACGACAAGAUUUACUUCUUCUUUAGCGAGGCGGGAAAAGAAUUUGACUUCUUCGACAACACCAUCGUGUCCAGGAUUGCUCGCGUGUGUAAGGGCGACAAGGGAGGCGAACGAGUGCUGCAGAAGAAAUGGACCACUUUCCUGAAGGCUCAGCUCCUGUGCUCCCUCCCUGACGACGGCUUCCCCUUCAACAUCAUCCAGGACAUGUUUGUCCUGAAGCCCAUGGGAGACAGCUGGGAGAGCACGGUGUUCUACGGCGUCUUCACCUCUCAGUGGUAUAAGGGGGCAUCGGGAAGCUCGGCUGUGUGUGCCUUCAGCAUGGCUCAGGUGGAGCGGGCCUUCAGCGGCCGAUACCGGGAGGUCAACCGGGAGACCCAGCAGUGGUACACCUACAACCACCAAGUGCCAGAGCCACGGCCCGGGGCGUGUGUGACCAACCAUGCCAGGCAAAUGGGCAUCCAGUCAUCGUUGCACAUGCCUGAUAAAGUGCUCAACUUUGUCAAGGACCAUUUCCUGAUGGACAGCGUGAUCCGCAGCGCUCCGCUGCUGCUGAAACGCAGCGUGCACUACACACAGAUCGCCGUCCACAAGAUCCAGGGCAUGGAGCGGGCCUACGACGUGCUGUUCAUUGGGACAGAUGAUGGAAAGCUCCACAAAGCCAUCAAUGCCAAUGAUAAGAUGCACAUCAUAGAGGAGAUGGUUCUCUUCGCUGAGCCUCAGCCCGUGCAACACAUCGAACUCGAUCCUCAGCGGGGUCUGUUGUUUGUGUCGUCCUACUCGGGCUUGGUGGAAGUACCAGUGGCCAACUGCUCCAACUACCUGAGCUGUGGCGAGUGCGUGCUGUCCAGAGACCCCUACUGUGCCUGGACCGGGCGGCUGUGCCGGGAUGUCAGGAUGGCUCCACCGGACAGCCACUGGCAGCAGGACGUGGAGGAGGCUGACACAUCAGCCAUUUGUAACAGGACUUUUUCCAGCCCCAGAUCUGCCAGACCAGCAGCUUCUCGUGGCUCCCAUUGCAAAGUCAUCACGAUUCCAGCUAACACAUUUCGAGUCCUACCCUGUAAGCUGCGCUCCAACUUGGCACACAGAAAGUGGCAUUACAGUGACAGUGCCAGCCAGUUCCUGUACGCCACCCCUGAGGGAAACCUUGUUGUGGUGGCCCAAUCCCACAAGAUGGAGACUUACGAGUGCUGGUCAGAAGAGGAAGGAUUCCGCCAGUUGUUGGCCAACUAUUGUAUUAGGGCUGAGCCUCGGCAAGAAAGCACCACUCUGAUCGGUCAUUCUCGCACCCCUCCCGUCGCGCAGGAGGAGACCAUCAUCAUGCCGGGCGUGUCUCGCUCUGAGCAGGUCCACAUGAAGACCUACUGGAACGAGCUGAUCGUGGUGUGCGCCCUGCUGGCCUUCUCCCUCGUGGUUUUCUCCUUGUUCGUCAUCUACAGGAACCGGGAUCACAUGAAGUCGAUGCUCAAGCAGGGCGAGUGCCCCAACAUGCAGCAGAAGAAGCCGAGGAUUGUGGGAAAGCCAACCGAGAGCUUACCCCUCAAUGGUAACACAAUCCCCGUUUCUACGUCGGACCACAAAGGCUACCAGACACUGAAUGACAACUACAUCUGCAGCACCCCCACGCACGAGUCCUCGCCGGACAACAGCAAGAGCUUCUCCGAGUCUUCCGACAGACGGCCGCUUAACGUGAAGGAAAGCCACGUGGAAUACUCCCCGACCUGCCCUCGGCCCCGAGUGAGGCUAGGCUCCGAGAUCAAAGACUCCAUCGUGUGAGACCACGGCGCUCGCUAAACGACAACACCCAGCAUUUCCACGAGGACACAGGCCGCCGAGCAGAGGAGAGGAGCACCCGACGUCCUCCUACAUCACAGCAUACCUUUUGUUUCAGUCAUCUUAGUUCUGUGAUCAGUGCAGAGGCCAUUUCAUUUCACCAUGUCCACUCCAAAGCCAGAGGUUGCUCCGGCUUGCUGCUAAAGGCAAGACGAGGAGGAGGAGGAGGAGGCAGCAUGA